AUGAAGGGUUCAUUAGCUAAUCACUUUACGGUUCAGCUAGAUCAAGUUUCUCUCAAUUUGUCUCUUCAGCAAAAAUCCUCUCAACUGCAGAAUCUUCUUGAUUCCGAAGCUAAUCCCUCAGCUGCUGAGUCUCUGUCACAUGAUAUCGAUGCCGGUGACAAAGAUUUCAUCCUCAGUCAAGAUUUCUUCUGUACUCCUGAUUAUAUUACUCCUGAAAUGCCGUCUAUGCCAAUCAAUGUAGACUGGAAUAAGGAAAAUGUUCAUUGUCCGGAUUCACCAGAAAAAAUUAAAACUGUGAGGAGCAAAAGGCCAAAACUUGAGAGUGGCAUGGUGACAUUCCCUGAAUCCAACAUUUCUGGCCAUCAAGAAUUGGUAGAACUUGAAAAAGAUACUCUUGAUACAGACAAGAUGAAUAAAGAAAAAUCAGUUCAAUUGCAGAAGAAUCACAGUUAUGUUUCACAAUCUGCAGUGGCUUUAAGGUGUCGAGUCAUGCCUCCUCCUUGUUUGAAGAACCCAUACCUUAAGAAUUCUUCGGAAAUGGAUAUUGAUCCGUUUGGCAAUCAGAGAUCAAAAUGUGCAGGUUUUUGUCCUGCAGGUAUUGGUGGUGAUGGUCUUUCACGCUACCGAACAGAUUUCCAUGAAAUAGAGCAAAUUGGCAGUGGAAACUUCAGUCGUGUUUUUAAAGUACUGAAAAGACUUGAUGGUUGCAUGUACGCAGUGAAACAUAGUUUGAAGCGAUUACAUCAGGAUACAGAAAGGAGCAAGGCUUUGAUGGAAGUUCAAGCUCUGGCAUCUUUAGGGACCCAUGCGAACAUUGUUGGCUACUACUCAUCUUGGUUUGAAAAUGAGCAACUUUACAUCCAAAUGGAGCUAUGUGAUCACAGCCUUUCUAUCAACAAACCCUCUAAAUUAUCCACAGAGGAAGAAGUUUUAGAAGCAAUGCAUCAGAUAGCCAAGGCGUUGAAAUUUAUACACGAUAAAGGGAUGGCACAUUUAGAUGUGAAGCCAGAUAAUAUUUAUGUUAAAAAUGGAGUUUAUAAACUCGGUGAUUUUGGUUGUGCAACUCUUCUCGAUGGAAGCUUACCAAUUGAAGAAGGCGAUGCACGCUAUAUGCCCCAAGAAAUCCUGAAUGACAAGCAUGAUCAUCUUGACAAAGUUGAUAUUUUCUCCCUAGGGGCUGCUAUCUUCGAGCUUGUCAGAGGGGUGCCCUUGCCUGAAUCGGGGCAUCAUUUUCUAAAUCUUAGAGACAGAAAACUGCCUCUUCUUCCUGGUCAUUCAUUGCCAUUUCAGAACUUACUCAAGGUCAUGAUGAACCCCGAUCCAACUCGACGACCUUCCGCUAAAGAACUACUAGAGAAUCCAAUUUUUGGCCGGCCCCAGAGAGCAGCAAAAAACAAAGAAAGAAAACUGCCUCUUCUUCCUGGUCAUUCAUUGCCAUUUCAGAACUUACUCAAGGUCAUGAUGAACCCUGAUCCAACUCGACGACCUUCCGCUAAAGAACUACUCGAGAAUCCAAUUUUUGGCCGGCCCCAGAGAGCAGCAAAAAGCAAGUAA